AUAUUAGAUCCCGCUCCGUCGGGCUUCGAGUCCGACGACGACCUGUCGGCACCUGGCUGGUUGUCCGGCGUCGGCGGCAUCCGCACCGGGUAGUUGAUGUAGUCACUGGGGCCCACGAACUCGCCGGACAUGUCCAAGUCGUUGCCCGCGACAGGCUGACGACGCGGCCGCUCGACGUCCGGCGAGCGAAUUUCACUGCCUGAGGUGGCCGGCCGGCGGUCGACGGCGACGCUGACAGUUUCUUCGUUGGACAUGAUCCGCGGCGCCUGCCGAUAUACCCGGGUGAUUCCAAAUGAAAAUUUCGGAGAAACAAAAAACACCAAACCCACAUCCGCGUUGAUUUCCAAUCUGAAGAAGAUGAGUCGAUGCAGAAUACAUAUAGCAAGGACAGUGAAACUGAUGCUUUGUAUUAUUGCGAUAAUGAUAAUGGCGAUUGCUGCAAAUGCAUCAGAUGGAAAUGAUGUUUUUGAUCCUUGUUCAGAUGCAAAGGUUCAAAGAUGGGAUGGUUUUACCUUUGGUCUUGCAUUUUCAGGAAGAGAUUCGUUCUUCUUCAACCAGACUCAACUUUCUCCCUGUGAUCGUCGUCUUACAUUGACUCAACUAGCCAUUUUUAGGCCAAAGGUUGAUGAGAUCUCUGUGCUCACCAUCAACGGCAGUACUUUCAAUCCGAGCAUGUACGGUGGGUAUGUGGUAGCAUUUGCAGGACGGAAAUAUGCUGCAAGAUCAAUGCCAGUGUUUGUUGCAGACAAUAGCCAUACCAUAACUAGUCUUACUCUUGUCCUCGAAUUCCAAAAGGGCACUCUCCAAAAUCUGUAUUGGAAGAAGUUUGGGUGUGAUUCAUGCCCUGCCUCCUCGGUUUGCCUUGAUAACCAAGAUUGUGCAAUACCAUCUCCAAAGUGUAAAAGCCAUGGCGGGUCUGCUGACUGCAACCUAGGCAUACAAUUGACAUUCUCUGGUACAGACAAGAAUGAUGACGUGCUUAACUCAUGGUAUGAGGUGAAAAAUCUCCGACAGUACUCCCUCUACGGUUUAUAUUCUGAUCUUCGCAAUUCUUUCACUAGCCCAUUUGGCAGUCUUUUCUGAGGCCAGCCGACACUUUAACAGCUAAAUAUUUAAUGAAACUGUAAUUUAACGAGUAAGUUAAGAGAUCAACUAGGACAAAGUCUCUCAUCCUCAAAAUAUUGCUCAUUUUUACUUGAGAAAGAAAUGUAGUUUUUGGUUAAUCAUAUCUUCCAUCAUUAGCUUCUACUACUUUUGUACCUCGUAAAUGAGAGAAUCGUUUAAUGAACACUGUUGCUUUGCAUUUUAAGUUA